UUUCCCUCUCACUUUUUCUGGUUUCUUUUUAUUCAACAAGUCCGUAUCCAAUUCGACGCCUGAGGGGACCCCCUUCAAGAUCUUUAAGGAGGAGAAUGAGUAAGAGGGCAAAAGCUGCCGCAAAACCUGUUCUAGAUGAAGCCCAAUUUGAGAGGGCUAUUUCUGGGCUCCCACCUAGGUUCACUCCCGAGGAACUUUGCAAUGUCAUAGUUUUAGAGAAGGACCCUUUAGUUUGUUUGGAGUUGUUUAAUUGGGCUUCAAAACAGCAUAGGUUUAGGCACAAUGUUUCAAGUUUCCACAUUACAAUAAAGAAACUUGGUGCUGCGAAAAUGUACCAAGAGAUGGAUGAUGUUGUUAAUCAAGUGCUUGCUAUUCGUUCUAUGGGUACGGAAGCUCUUUACAAUACAAUGAUCUAUUAUUUUACAGAAGCUCGAAAAUUGACUAGAGCAGUGAACAUAUAUAAUCACAUGAGGGAUAUCGGAAAAUUGGACUGCAGGCCUUCAAUUACCACAUUUAAUAUCCUUUUUGCAGCUUUAUUGAGUAGGGGAAAGAACUCAUACAUAAAUCACAUGUAUAUGGAGACAACUAGAUGCCUUUUCAGACAAAUGAUUGACGAUGGGAUUGAACCUGAUAUUUUCUCCUUGAAUUCUAUGAUAAAGGGAUAUGUGCUUUCACUUCAUGUUAAUGAUGCCCUCAGAGUAUUUCAUCAGAUGGGAGUGGUCUAUAAGUGCUUGCCUAAUUCCUUUUCAUAUGAUUACUUGAUCCAUGGGUUGUGUGCACAAGGAAGAACGAAUAACGCCAGGGAGUUGUGUAUGGAAAUGAAGGAGAAAGGAUUUGUCCCUAGUAGUAAAUCAUACAAAUCAAUUGUGAACUCCUUGGCUCUGAGUGGAGAAGUUGAUGAAGCGGUGAAGUACUUGUGGGAGAUGACUGAAAACCAAAGAUCAGCUGAUUUUAUCACCUAUAGGACCAUACUUGAUGAAACUUGUCGCCAAAGAGGGGCCGAAGAUGCCAAGCAUUUAUUGCGAGAGUUACAAGAGAAGGGCCUGCUAGACGGGCAUACUUGCAGGCAGCUUCUACAUGAGGUUGAAGGAAAUAUCGGAAACUCACAUUUCAGAACUCAAUUCAGCUAAGAGCGAGCGGUGGAAUUUGUCUACUUCAUAUCCAUGCUAAGCCACCAAAAAUAUGUGAGAUCUAUGGAAAAGGCUUUGCAAUGGUCUUGUUAGCUUGCAAAAGAACCAAUGUUCUUCAGAUAAGUCCAUGAUGUUGUGAGAAGAUCAGUUGCUUGUCUGCGACAAUUGAGAUGCAUAUACUACUGAUUGGGCCGGGAAAAGAAAAACAUCAGUCUGCAUUGCUGGAAAAGAUUUUCUUUUUCUUUUAGGGAAGUGCCCAAUUAAGUUUAUAAAUGUGUGGUGGCUUGGAGGUGACCAGAUAACUACGCUGUAAAUAAAGGGUUGUCUACUGCCAAUGAGCACUGUUACUCAUGAUUAAACGAGCUGGCAAAAUCUGAAAUCUCUUGUAGAAAAAAUAAAUGGUAAAAAAGAGCACUUAUGUUUCUAGUGUGAGGAGAUGGCUUAGGUCUAUGCCCAGCUUGCCACCUUAAUAUGAUUUUCGGUGCGUUUGUUAAGCCUGGCUUGCUUUUCAUUCUAUAUUAUGGUAUCAUUUUCGUGAACCUGCUUUGUGAGUUGAGAUGUAUUACUUAAUUACCAUACUUAAGUUAGUAGACCUCAUUUGGCAUUGCUCCUCCUGUUUUGUUAUGAGGGAGAAUGAUGACAUUAGUCAUAAUUGCUUGGCAAAAUGUGCCAUUAAACUAGUUUAGGAAGUUAAAUCAGAAACAAGUUUUCCAAUGUGACUAAAAAGCAAGUCACAGUCUGUUGA